GGUGGUUUGCCGGUGAUAAAGUGGCACGAGAUCGUGGAAGAUGACUCACGAACAAAUAGUACUGAUCAUAAGAAGGAGAAGGAGGCCGAAUCAUCUGACAAGAUAAGGGAACUGGUGGAAUCGGUGAGAUCGAUUUUGACUUCGAUGGGCGACGGAGAGAUAAGCGUAUCUCCGUACGACACCGCGUGGGUGGCGUUGGUGGAGGACAUCAACGGUGGCGGCGGCAUGACGACGGCGCCGGCGCCCCAGUUCCCGUCGAGCCUAGAGUGGAUUUCGGAAAACCAACUCCCCGACGGGUCGUGGGGCGCCAACUACACUUUCUCAAUCUACGACCGAAUCAUCAACACGUUAGCUUGUGUAGUUGCUUUGAGAUACUGGAACUUACAUCCCCACAAAACCGAUAAAGGGAUAAUAUUUAUAAAAGAGAAUAUAGAGAAGCUAGGGGAAGAAAAUGAAGAGCACAUGCCGAUUGGGUUUGAAGUGGCGUUACCAUCACUCAUUGAAUUAGCCAAAAAGUUAGAUAUAGACUUCCCAUACCAAGAUUCUCCUGGUUUAAAACAAAUCUAUGCUAAACGAGACCUUAAGCUCACAAGGAUACCGAAGGACAUAAUGCACAAAGUGCCGACAACAUUACUACACAGCUUGGAAGGAAUGGCAGAUCUGACGUGGCAAAAGCUAUUGAAAUUACAGUCUUCAGAUGGCUCUUUCCUUUUCUCUCCUUCCUCCACUGCCUUUGCCCUCCACCAAACCAAAGAUCUUAAUUGCCUCCAGUAUUUGACUAAUUAUGUUCGUAAAUUCAACGGUGGAGUUCCGAAUGUGUACCCGGUGGACUUGUUCGAGCAUCUUUGGGCGGUGGACAAGCUGCAACGGCUAGGCGUUUCUCGGUAUUUCCGGGACGAAAUCGAGGAAUGUAUCGAAUAUGUGCACAGAUACUGGACGGAUAAAGGAAUAUGCUGGGCGAGGAACUCGGAAGUUCAGGAUAUUGAUGACACGGCCAUGGGUUUCAGGCUUCUCAGGUUGCAUGGCUACAAUAUUUCUGCAGAGGUGUUCAAACAUUUUGAGAAGGGUGGAGAGUUCUUCUGCUUCGCGGGGCAGUCAACGCAGGCUGUGACCGGGAUGUACAAUUUGUACAGGGCUUCUCAGUUGAUGUUUCCUGGAGAGGAGAUUCUUGGAUUUGCUGCUAGUUUUUCGGCUAAGUUUUUGAAAGAAAAAAGAGCUAAUAAUCAGCUUUUGGAUAAGUGGAUUAUUACCAAAGACCUUCCCGGCGAGGUGGGAUAUGCACUAGAUGUGCCAUGGUACGCUAGUCUACCUCGAGUCGAAACAAGAUUCUAUUUAGAACAGUACGGCGGCGAAGACGAUGUUUGGAUUGGCAAAACCUUAUACAGGAUGCCAUACGUCAACAAUAACACCUAUCUGGAACUAGCAAAAUUGGACUACAACAAUUGUCAGGCCUUGCAUCAGCGGGAGUGGAAAAGCAUACAAAAAUGGUUCAGAAAUUGCAGCCUUGAUGAAUUUGGUUUAAGUGAAAGAAGUGCUUUACUAGGGUACUACAUAUCCGCUGCAUGCAUAUUCGAGCCGGAGAAGUCGGGAGCGCGCUUAGCAUGGGCCAAAACAACAAUUUUAGUCGAAACUAUCGAGCAACAGCAACUUUCGAGAGAUCAGAAACGCGCCCUUGUCGAUGAAUUUGAACAUGGCAGCGUUCUCCACAAGUAUGCAAAUGGAGGGAGGUACAAUAAAACAAGAAGCAGUGUUGUCGGGACAUUGCUCAGAACGCUAAACCAGCUCUCAUUGGAUACACUGUUGGCACACGGCCGAAACAUCCAACAGCCACUCAAUCAUGCGUGGCAUAAGUGGCUCAAGAUAUGGGAAGAGGGAGGAGAAAUCGGACAAGGGAAUGCGGAGCUAUUCGUCCGCACAUUAAAUCUAUGCGGUGGUGGCGGUGAUCAUUGGGCGUCUGAGGAGCUAUUAUUGUCAGAUCCUAAGUACAAGCAGCUAUUGGAGACCACGACAAGAGUUUGCAGUAAACUGCGUCUAUUUCAACACCGAAAGGCGCAAGGAUGCAUGGCUGAUACUAGAGGCAUCACAACCGCAGAGAUAGAAUCGGACAUGCAAGAACUAGUGAAAUUAGUUCUUACAAAAUCCUCAGACGAUUUAGAUUCACAGACGAAGCAAAACUUUCUCACAGUUGCUAGAAGUUUCUAUUAUGCAGCUUAUUGUAACCCAGGAACCAUCAACUUCCACAUGGACAAAGUACUCUUUGACAGAGUACUCUGACCAUGUACAUGUAAAUGGUGUGCUUAAUGUAAAUAAAAUUAUCAAAAGUAUAAUAAAUCAUAGCAAUAAAUUUCUUGGA